AAGUCUUCCUCAUGGGCAAAGAAAACCUUCUCCCACCAGCAGAGCUGCUAAAUGGCUCUGCUCAUCCUGGGCCAGGUCCUGUUGAUCACAACAGUGAACACAACAGCUGUGAGGGCAAUGCCAGAGCUUCGGAUCCUGGGCUGCCUCUGCUUCAGCCCUGAGGAACAACUGUGAUUGGACAGAACCGAAGCCACAACACAAUGAUUGUUCUAGAUAAGCAUCAACUGUUGUCCCUACCUGUUCCUUUUUGUUGUUGUAUUUUGCACCUCAGAGCCACCGUAGCCAGCUCACAUGGAAUAGAUCAUGAAGUGAAUGUAAAAUAUGUACAGCAUUAAUGAAUAUACUCUGAUAUUGUCACUCCUCAUAAGGAAACACGGAGCUCAGCACAGCAGGGAGAGGGGAGCGACACCACUGAACUCCGACCCCUCAAAGAAUACCAAGCCAUCAGGAACCACAGAGCUUAGCACAGCAGGGAGAGAGAGAGACGCCACUUACCCCCCCACCCCUCAGGGAACACCAAGCCAUCAGGAGCAAAGAAGGCGACAGCAACCACCACCAGAGAAUCAGCCCCUUAUGCAGCAACAUUGCAGCAACGAGUUUCUGGGAGAACUUCUUUCUGUCUGAGAUUGUUUUUAACUUUCCUCUUGCUUGGCUCACACUCUGUUAUUUACUCACCUUUUGUGACAUAUAAUUACUCUAUAAGAUAGAUGCAUAUUGAUAAUUGUAUUUUAUUGACUGCUUUUCAUUUGUUGCAAUACUAAAGAAUAAUUUAGAUUCAGAUCAU